GUUUUAUAUGAUAUCUGUAAAAAUAGCAAUGACAUACGUCGAGAUGCGUCAUUUCUAUUUUACUUAUAUAUCACUCAUAUUUGGACGGCAUACCAAACAAAAGAUAUGGGGCAAUUUAUAUCGACAGGACCAGUUGUUUGCAAAAGGAAGGAGGACCUCGUCCGUUAUGCAUGGGACUCGGUGAAGUCUAAUUCUGUCAAUGAGACUAUUAAACUUGAAGUUGGACCGCAGGUUCACGGUUUCUUUGGAUAUAUAGACACCAGAGAGAAGGAAUACGUAGACUAUACACCCAUUGUCAUUGCCUGCAUGUCUGGAGAUUUCAAGCUAGCUAAGAAGCUAAUUGAUGUUGGGGCGGACAUUAAUUUACGUGUACGGAGUUAUGAGCAGCAGGAGGCGGUUCCACCUUUGUAUUAUGCUAUAAGAGCAAUGGAUGCAGACAUCGUAAAGCUAUUGUUAGAUUCAGGUGCGGAUGUGAACGAAUAUAAAGGAUAUAGGCAAUGUAUUUGUCUUCAAAAGCCAGAGAUAGAGCGAUACAGUAUUAUUCUUUCGAAGUAUUCAAUAAAUUUACAAGCGACUUCUGAUCGUACAUGGUCGCCAAUGACAAGAAUACUCGAACUGUACUUGUCAGCCGGGGCAAAGUUAAACACCACUCGCUGGGGUCACUGUUUCUUUUAUGGGAGAGGAAAAGUCUACGAGGCAACUCCAAAUCCACUGGGCAUUCCUACUCCGUGCUUUUCCUGUGAUACGGUUGUUUUACUUCUACAACACGGUAUUGAUCCAGACCAAUAUAAACUCAGCGACGUAUUGCUACAAUUUUCUGACCAUUAUUACCACUAUCGUUAUAGAUUUAGAAGAGACUGUAUAUGUGUGGGUUUUCAUAUAUUGCUGCACAUAUUCAUUGCAGCCGGUUACCACUACACACAUGACGAUCUAGAUUCUCAGGAUAUCCAGAUAAAAAUGAAAGAAUAUGGCUUUACUAUGGAAGAACCGCUUAGCUUAAAACACAGUUGUCGUUCGAUGAUAAGGAAACACUUGCGGAUACUAAAUAAAGAUACAACAAUUUUCCCUUCUGUUGACAAGUUACCUAUCCCACUUUCGUUAAAGGAUUACCUGAAAUUGUACAAUAUCAUUGACUUAAACAAUUGUUCAAUAGACUGUUACAUUUAUUGACAAGUUGCUUAAACUCUUGGGUUUAAUAGGUAUAAACUCUCUCCAGAUUGUGAUCAAAAUACCCUGCAAAUGUUGUGUGUUAAAUAAUU